AUGAGUGCCUCACCUCGUGACUUCUAUUAUUCGAACAAAUAUAAUGAUGAUAAAUAUGAAUACAGACACGUACACGUACCCAAGGAUUUAGUCCGACUUAUACCAAAAGAUCGAUUGAUGAGUGAAAAAGAGUGGCGAUCACUUGGAAUACAACAGAGUCAAGGAUGGGUUCAUUACAUGAUCCAUAGUCCGGAGCGACAUUUUACCACAAAAAGUCGUACUUUGAAGCUCUAUCUUUUAUCUAUUUUCGAUGUUGUAGUGCAUAAAGCUAUAAAUCAAUCAGACUAA